AGUGUAGCCCCAGCAGUGCCACCUGUCAGUGUCCAUCAAUGCCACCUGCCAGUGCCCAUCAGUGCCACCUAUCAGUGCCAGUCAGUGCCACCUAUUAAUGUCAGUCAGUUCCACCUAUCAGUGCUGCCAAUCAGUGCCACCUAACAGUGCCAGUCAGUGCCACCUAUCAGUGCCAUACCCGUCAGUGCUGCCUAUCAGUGCCACCUAACAGUGCCAGUCAGUGCCACCUAUCAGUGCCAGUCAGUACUUCCUAUCAGUGCCACCUAUCAGUG